UGAAAAUCCAAGCUUAAGCAGAGAAUCUCCAUUUGAAAACAUGGAUCUAACCUUGUUUUUCUAUGUAACGACGAUCAUUCUAAUCUUGAAAUCAGAUAAGACAGUUUCGCAGUGUAAACCAAAGAGGAAAGAGUUUGAUAAGGAGUUUUCUGGCCUGGCACUCACCAGUAAAAUACUUGGCUCAUCAAACACAAAAGAAGUAAUCUGUCAGUACAGCUGUCACUCUCACGAGAACUGUGAUGCUUACAAUUAUAACUUGGAUGAUGGUCGCUGUGAAGUACUCGACGCUCGUUCUUCUUUUUUUAAUGUAGUCAUGAGAAAAGGCUGGAUAUUCAGGGCCUCGAAGAUCCGUGUCUUAAUGGAGGUACAUGUUUCCAUGCAAUUGGAAAAGACAGAUGUCUGUGUCCCUGUCAGUGGAAAGGAGAGUUGUGUGAUGUACACAUAACCAACUCUGAUUACGUGAUGUCCUUUCCCGGAGGAUCAGUUAAUGACUUGGUUGUCUUUGAAAAUCCCUUUCCGGCUAGUUUGAGUAUGCUAUCUGUCAGCAUGUGGUUUCAGAUGGAUCCUGCAAAAGUUGGAGAACAUACACUGCUGAGCUACGCAACUCCGACACUAAACGACGCGAUUGUUGCAAUGUUAAAGCCAGACCAAACACAGAUAUGCAUUUACAACAACUGGGGUGAAAAGGCGAAGUAUACAGAUCCAAAUCAGUUGAUAACUGACAGCACCUGGCAUCAUCUUGCUUUCACUUGGGAAAGUGUGACAGGUAAGGUGGUACUGUAUAUCGAUGGAAUCAGGAGAGGCGAGAAAGCCAACGUAGCAACAGAUGAGACGAUUGACGACGGGGCCUUAGUACUUGGCCAGGACCAAGGUAGCUACAAAGGAAGAUAUAAUCCAAAGCAAGCUUUUAAAGGCAACCUCACAAGCUUGAACAUGUGGGACAAGGUCCUGACAGCCUCUGAAAUAUCAGAUCUCGCCAGAAAAUGUCCAACUCAGGAAGGAAACCUCCUAACUUGGACUAAGUUGAUGAGUCAGCAGAAAUUAUGAAAUGUGAAUUUGAUCUGCUCUCCUUUUUGUGUUCCCAUAUGGCCGUAACCAACCGGGGCGCACCGGGUGCCUCAAAAAUGACCUGAAAGGCCGGUGACUCAUUAAUAGUUGUUUUUUGCCCUUUUUCCAUAUGCAAGUUGCAGCAUAUUCAUGAUCGCCCACCCAUUAUUAUAUCAAUAUUUAAUUCCACAACAAAAUAUCGAUAUUGCACAAAAUACUAAGAAAGUAGUUUGACCAGGGGGACCAAAAAGCAUUCAAAGCAUUCUAAAUCAAACGACACUUAUACUUUGGUUAGCCUUACCUAUUACAUUCACAAUGUGCACAUUAUUUCAUAUGAACAAACCUUAUCCUGUUUUACUAUCUCAGACCAUGUGCGUUUCAAAGCAUUCUAAA